GUCGCAAACACCCGAAGGUCGUUUUUUUUUUUUUUGGUGAGCUAGCAAAGGCAGGCUAGCCUCCAAGCUAACUUAGCUAACUCGCUAACUAGCAACUUAAACUACAGCGUGACAAGUGAGCAGCACGGGACGUUGUGUCGCAUAACGGCACACAUGUCGAGUGUGAGGCCUCACGUGGCUGGAGGAGUCCCCGCGGACACGUCUCUGCUCGGCCGGGUGUCUGGACGGAGCUCCAACAAACAGCUGAUGAGUAGAGUCACUAAAGUAUUAUAACACAUGGCAGCACCUCACGGGAGGACCAGGGACCUGCCAUCAGUCCUGCCUUUAACCCAGAUAUGUGCAUGUGAGCUGCUGAGGUUUGGAGGACAGAGAUGGCAGUGUGUGCACUGACCAUGCUGGACGGGGUGGAGGACGAGGUAACGGCAGCAGGUGGUGUGUUGCUCCUGGUCCUGGCUCUCGUCUUCGCUUGGCUCUCGACCCACGUGGCCGACCGGGGAGACCACAUACUGGGCACCAUCCUCACCGUGGGCGCUCACGCCUCUCUGAUCGGACUGGGAGGCCACGAGAGCUACAGCGGAGGGUCUCCCAGCGCCGACACCCCGGAACAGCAGACCCCCCCACCUUCUCAGGAGAACAAGCCGGAUGACGGCGAGCCGGGGACUGAGAGGGGAGAGGGGGAGGGCGCUGGGGAGGGAGCUGAGGGUGUUAGGACUGAUCUACUGCUGGACAUACAGAGCAAACCACCACAGGCUGGAAGACUGCACACUUCAGAUGACGAGGAGGAGGAGGAGGAGGAGGAUGAUGAUGAUGAGGAAGAACUGGAGGAGGAAGAUAAAAAGAUUAUGAAGCAUAUCCCUGUGUUGUCCAGCAUCAUCUCCCCCACCACCAACACUGCCACUUCCAUCUCUGUCCGUCUGAAGUAUUUAAACGACACGGAGGAGGUAGCCGUUGUAGAACCACAGGAUACAGUGGGAGUACUGAAAAGUAAAUACUUCUCAGGUCGGGAGCAUCAAAUAAAACUCAUCUACCAAGGCCAUUUGCUGCAGGAUCCCAAGAAGACCCUCCUCUCCCUAAACAUCACACACAACAGCGUGAUCCACUGCCACAUCUCCCAGGUCCUGCGAGAGGCCACACCGGAAGAAGAGACUCAGUCCGGGGCCGGAACAGGAACCGGGUCCGGGGUCUCCGGAGGAUUCAGGGCCGCCGGUGUGGCCAUCAGCACCAGCAGUCUGGUGGUGCCCGUGUUUGUGGUGAUCCUGGCCGUGGUAUGGUACUUCCGCAUCAACUACAGGCAGUUCUUCACCGCCCCUGCGACCAUCUCCCUCGUGGGAGUCACUGUGUUUUUCAGCUUUCUGAUAUUUGGGAUGCACAGCCGCUGAAAAAAGGGCAGAGAGAGAGAGAGAGAACACACACUCACGGCUGAAUGAUGUGAGGUAAAAUCAAAAUAACUGCAGCAGCGGGCGCCGCCUGCAGGGAUGGACUAAUAGGAACGGGGCUCGGUGCAGAUGCCGCAGCUGAUUGGAUCCCUGCAGAGUGUGAGAGGCUAGGUGGGCCCGUUUGUGCAUGUACCAAGAUAGAACAACAAGAUGAGUGAUUGUACAGUAUAUUCUGAGCUAAUAGUAAUCUGCAGCGAGCAAAGUUCAGCUGAAAUUGAACUAUACUUUAGCUCCUCUCCAAACACGACGUAGUGGUUCACACCAUGUUUAAACACUCGGCUUUAUCUUGUCCGCUUUUUUUUUUUUAUUGUUGCAAAAGAUUUGUGAUGUUUUCUUGUCCGUCCUUGUUUUUUAGGCCACUCUUUGUGUUUUAGAAAAAAAUGUAAAAAUUAACUUUAUAGAUGCAAGAAUCUGACUUAUUCUGGAACCACUCACUGUUGUGCUGUGUGUUUAACUACCACCACGUUGUGGUAUAUGAAUGAGUCAAGCUCUGUGUAAGCAAAUGUGGACUGUACAGCUGCCAGGCUGUACAUUUCGGAUUGCUUUGUUGCUCAAAAAGUGUUGCUAUGUAGAAAAAGGCUUAUUUAAAUAAUCACUAGACAUGAAAAUAGACACUUUGAGAAUAUAUUGUAAAUAUAUUGUGUAUUUUCUGUAAAUAAAAUGAUAGAAUGAAUCAGAUGAACCUGCAUCUGGCACUUAAAAGAUUUGGAUGGGGACGUUAAAAACCCUCCUGAUUAUGCUGGACUGCUAUGGCUUCAGUGAUGUCUCGAAUUAAAGCAUU